AACAUUGAGCAAUAAGCUAGUGAAUAGUCCAGGAGAUCGGGAACAUGAAGACGACCGCAGUGUUUGGUUUUGUGAUCUUUGUAGUGCUUGUACAUGGAAGAGAUGUGCGGCAAAAGCGAGAAGCUGACCUGCUAGCAGCCGCUUCCCAUCAUUGGGAAAAAGGAGGCGGCGAAGACUACCAAGGUGGCCAUCAUGGAGAACAUGGUGAAUCCGGCCAUAAGGGAUACAAAGGAUAUCACGAAUCUGACAAAGGUAGGAAGGGACACUCCCUACACGAAGGACAUAAAGGACACUUCGACGAAAGCGGUGGACAUGAGAAAGGACACCACCACGAAGACGGUUACUUCGACGAACACAACCAGGGAGAGAAGGGCGAAAAAGGACACAGUUUCGAAGAGAAGGGACACUUCCAUAAAGGGCACUCGACUAAGGGCCAUAUCGGAGUCCACAAAGUAGACGAAUUCAAGAAAGACAAACACUUCCACGACAAGCAUGGCGAGUCUGGUUUCGAAGAAGGUUACGGCGGCUUCCACCACGAGGGUGGAUACAAGAAGGGAGGUGAUUUCCACAAGGGGCACUCAGAAGGAGGUUUCCAUGAACAUGAAUUUGGAAAGAAGGGCGAACACGAAGAAGGGGGGUACCACAAGGGCCAGAAAGGACACCACGAGGAAGCAGGCGGCGACGAACAUUGGGGACAUCACGAAGGCCACGGCGACAAGGGUGGUCAUGACGAACACAAGGAUUGGGGCUGGGAGGGACAUUAAAUCAUAAACGAAGAACUAAGGUUUUGUUAUUGUUGAUUAUUUUGUGAUAUGUAAAUAAAUGUUUGCUAUUUUUAAACAAAAAUGAUUUUUUUAAAUA